CUCAAUCAAGAUGGCGUUGGACAGAUGUUGAAAGUUGAAAAAGAAAAAGUUUAGUUUUGUUAUAACGGUCGGUGCUCGGUGGGAAAAUGUAAAUUAAUUUAAGUUUAUUUUAUUAGGAUUGUGGUAUGAAAUAUAUAGUUGGAAAAAGCGUUUUAUCGAAUUUGAGUAGUUAAUAAUUUGUGUAAGAUUAGGCUUUUGUUUGUAUUCUAAGUUGUUACCGUAUAAUAUUUGAUUGGUUGUUGGCCAGAAGCAAACCAACAACCAUGGAUUACAAGGCACUUCCCAGAUUAGAUGUUUUGAAAGUUGACAACUUUACAGAAACUUGUGAUCUACUGUUGAGAAACAAACUUGAAUCGUUGCGUCAGAGGGCUCAAACUAAAAGUGCAAAUGAGACAACCACAUUUGUUAUCGAUGAAAAUGUUGAAGGAUGUGAUUUUGGUGAUACCACCACCCGUCGUCCAAGGAGAACAGCAUCAAAGACCGCCGACUUGAAAAUAAAGAAGAAUUUGCAUAUGCCUGUGAAGCUGCGCCGUCCGUCAGCCGGCGAAUCGCUGUCGGGAACUUUCAAAUGGCCGAAAACAAACCGCACAAAAGUUAUCAAAAAGAAUCCGGAUAGCACGACCACUGCCAUGGCCAGUGCCGUCGAGAAAUCUAUCGGCGCCAUCGAUCAGAUGAACUUGGUGAAAAAGAGGACAGAACAGUUCGAGAAGAUGACCAAGGAGCAACAAGUUGCAUUGACUCCAAGCAGAAGGAACGAAGGAGCGGUGGAGUGUGUGGCGGCCACAUCGUCGCUCGACAAUGUCAACAACAAUGUGCUUGUUGAAAGUGCAACAACAGUUGUGUCGGUCGAGGUAGAGAACAACGUAGUCGAAAGCACGACAACAACCACUACGAAACGCGUAACCCGAACAAAAACAAGAAAUAUGAUCAAACAAACGAUGGCCAAUGAUGAUGCAAGCACCUCUGCGGAAACGGAGGUAUUUGUGAAGCCCAGAGUCGGACGGACAAAAAUAAGGAAGGAUCUUCAUAAGAAGUUGAAUGGAGUGUGCCUUGAUGAUGAAUCCGAACCUGAGCCAAAAGUGGACAGAGAAACGAUGGCACAGAAAGCAAGGGAGAAACAAUUGGCGCGAGAAAAGGCUGAGCAAGAGAGAAAGGCCGAGGAAGCAAGGAAAGUUGAAGAGGCGAGAAAGGCAACUGAAGAGAAAGAAGCCGCCAAGGUAGCUGCCGAACUUGCAGCUAAGAAAGCUGAAGAGGAGGCAGCUCGUCGUGCUGAGGAGGCCAGGAAAGCUGAACUGGAGAAAAAAGAAAAGGAACAAGAAGAGAAGCUGGCGAAAAUCCAAGAAGCGGCUGCCAAAAAGAAAGAACAGGAUAAAUUGAAGAAGUUGGCGUUGGAGAAGAAACGACAGGAGAAGCUGUCGAAGCAGGAGGCUAUCAAGAAGAAGCACGAAGAGCUCAACAAGAAACGCGAGAUGGAUGCAAAGAAGAGAGAAGAAUUGCUGCAGGCCAGCGCUGCUAAGAAGAAGGAGGCCGCUGCCGAAGCCAACUCCAAAGCACAACAUAAAGCAGCAGAUGCUAAGGAAAAUUUGAAACCAAAUCAAACUGCUAAACCUCCAGUUAAGCCGGUGGUGCAUCCGGUGGUGAAUCAGCUGAAGAACACGACGUUCUCGUCAGGCCAGUACAACAUGACGCCGCCGCGCGACGAACGCGAGCCGCAGAAGCCGAAGACGGUGGACGACUAUGGCAUCGACGAGGCGGCCAGCAGCGACAGCAGCGAUGACGAGUCCAAUCCCAAGAAGAUCGUGCCCGUAUGGGCCAAAUCUUCCGAGUUGAAAGAAAUUGUGGAGAUUCAAAGUCAACUGCCCCUGGAAAUGCUGCAGUUUGCGAUGGGCUGUGACACCGAACCCUACAGAACUCUCGGCUACGUCAACAAAAUUAAGCGACCAAGAACCUCCAGUGCAGUCUGGCAUACGCCCAUUAAUCUAAACUAUUAGUUUUAUUAGAAUAUUUUAAUUUUCUUGAUUGGUCGAUAGGUUUUAAAGAUUUAGACUACUUGUAUAAACUUUUAUGGCUUGAACUGAAUUGUUAAUUUGCCAUAUUUCUUGUAUAAACCACUACAAACAAUUAUAUUUUCUAAAAAACGUUUUAUGCACUUGUCGAAACCAUAUUUCUUUCAUUGUAUUCUUCCAUCUAUAAAUAACUAAUAAAUUGAAGUAAAAAUCUUACUAAUUCUUACUCAAUAGGUGAGAAUUUAGAUGUUGAAUAAAUGUUUUCCAUACAACGGUUUUCAUGUUAUCAAGUGAAAAAUGAUUAUUGUUUGAAUUGGUUUUUGUUAAACCAAUCAACGUUGUAACCACUGAUUUGAUUCAACUGAUGUUUUUAGGAUUGAUUCAUCUAUUUCAGUUUCAUUUCACUAUCCAAUUCUAUAUUAUAAUAGAUUAUAGGCCUACAUAUAUAUAUUAUAAUAACUACUUCAUCUCUUUGCUGUUGUAUUAUUGGUGAAUUCUUUGUUUUCAAAAUUUUAGUUCAUUUUCAGAAUGCGAUUCAAAUUAUAUUAAAUUGGGCAUGAACAUUCAGAAUAGAUUAUAGACUGUUUUGAGAUGUUCAUUAUGAAUAUUUUUAUUCUCUUUAAAAAAAUCCAGAAUUGAAGUAUUUUAAUUCGAGUUCAGAUAUUCAAAAUGAGGAGUAAAUAUUAUUCACCAUUGAAGAAACUUCAUCAUUGUCAAAAUCAUGCAGUUGUACUGUUGUUUUUUUUCCAUCGUCAUUUGUUAUUAACUUCAAAUGAGAAAAGAAACCAUAAUCUGGGAAUGCCUUGUACAACUUCUAUAUUUAUGAGUCUUUUAAAACAUGAUCAACACAAAAUAGAAACAAAAAAUAUGUAAGAGAGAUGUAAACGACAAAGCCAAGAGAAAUGAUGAUUAAAAGGCGAAUAUGAUUGCAGAGCUCCUUGUUUUUGUUAUUCAAUAUUGAGUUGAGCUUGCAGUGUGAAUUAUUGCAUUAUCUGAUCUCAGUCAGAAACAGCCAUCUUACUUGUUUUUUAUUUUAUUAUACAUCAAAAACGUUAAUAUUAAUAAUAAUUAUAGUAAUCUUCAAUCAAAAGCGGGAGCGAAUUAAACUCCCUUUGGUGGAAGAUAGACUUUAUAAAUUUAUACUUGUAAAAAUAUAUUAUUGUGGAAUUAGAAAUAAAUUAGAUGAAUAGAACGUGAUAGAUUUUUAUCCCAUCAACUGGAUUUUAAUCAAGGUCCGGUGAAUUAACCAUAAACCAUGGAAAUCCGCAUGUUUGUAAAAUAGCGGGCAAAACUGUAGGCCUAGCUCUGCCAUGAUUGAUGAUGGUCCAACCAUGGUGUCCUGUAGUUUGUUAUUCAUUCUGAAGUGCCAGAACUCCGUCAGGAGUUGAAAAUAAAUUUGUUGUACAUUUAAUUACUUAUCAUUUUAGUUGAGUUUGUUUUUAUCUUGUAAACAUUAAUAAUUUAUAGAGGGUAAUAAAAUAUUAUAAUGUCUA